AGUAAACCCACCAUCUCAUACUACGCCUAAGAACUGGAGACACGGAUUGGCUCCGCCUCUUCUUGCGAAAAUUUCACGUCUAAUCCACAGCAGCCAAUGAGAGCACGCGUUAGACUUAGUUCCUGAAUGUUGACAAUUUUCUUCUCGGCUGCACGUGACCGUGUUUCGGUUCUCGCGGCAGUCGCAAUAGGAAGGCGGUGCCGGUUCCUCCGGCGCGGGUGGCAGAGAUGGGCCCGGCGACGAUACUUUUGGUGCCGGCGGUCCUGCUGGGCCUCUGCUCCGGGGACAGCCUGUUUCCUAGCCGACACUUCGUAUUGCCGAGCGGCCAGGAAGGCAGGGCUCUGGGGGGCUGGCGCCUGCCUCUGUCCUUAGAGCUGCUGGACGAGGCGGAGGACCUUUCUUUGCUAGGAUUGGAGUCCCUGUGGGACCUGCUCGAGUUGGAGCCGGAGUGCAGGGAGCUCUUGGCUGCCUUCGCCAACAGCAGUGUGAAGUUGACAGGCUGCUUGGUGCGGAGCGCUCGUCCCGUGAGACUCUGUCAGAAUUGCUAUCGCCAGUUCCGGGAGAUCAACAGCCUGCUGGAGAACAUCACCAGGGCUGUAGGGAACACCUCUGAGAGCAAGUGUACCAAAAGUCUCUUGAUGUCCGAUAGGCUACAGAUUGUUGUGAUCCUGUCCAAAUUUUUCAAUGACACUUGGGAGAAAGCAAACUGUGCAAAUUGUUUAAAGAACAACAGUGAAGGCUUAUCCAAUAGUACAGUGAUGUUCCUGGCCUUAUUCAAUGCAUCGUUGACAUGCUUUGAACAUAACCUUCAGGAGCAAGAAGCCAGUCUUGUAAACAACUACACACAAGUGUGCAAGAACUGCAGUGAGACAUAUAAAAACCUAAAUGCUCUGUACAAGAGGAUGCAAGAGAGCAGUCAGAAACAUGAUGCUGAAGAACAAUCUCAUUUGUGCAUUGAUGUGGAAGAUGCAAUGAACAUCACACGGAAGCUUUGGAGCAGGACUUUCAAUUGUUCUCUCACUUUCAGUGACACGGUGUCAGUGGCUGCUGUUUCUUCAUUCAUUCUCUUUUUACCUGUUAUUUUCUACCUGAGUAGCUUCCUUCACUCGAAGCAGAAAAAGCGAAUCCUGAUUCUCCCUAAGCGGAUACGAUCAACUGCCAGUCUUGUGAACAUCCAAGAGAAAUGCCACUGAUCCUGCAGAAUGCAAACCGCAGCAGAGUGCAUACUUGAUUGUUCUAAAGGAGGUGAUUAUGAUUUAGCCCUCCAGUCCAUGUAUUGUAACACAUUAAAAUGCUUUGUGACUCUCCGAUGGUUACAUGCACUAAUAGGGCAAAAGUUUUCCACUAAAGACUCAAUAUGGCCUCCAAAGUGAAAGGAGGACUUCCCCCAAUAUGUUUUUGUCUCACUUGGUUUCAUGUUGUCUUAUUUUCUGUACACAUUCCUAACUCCCACAUGGUUUCAGUUGAGUUUAUAAGUGUAGUUUUAAUUUCUAUGAAUGAGUUUAAAAAGGUUCAUGGUGUUCUGAUUUGGAAAUGUUCUUAUUUGUGGAUCUUUUUUUUAGAUACUAUCAGACUACCUUAGCUGCUAAUAAUUAUGUGAAAUUUUAGGUUAUAAAAUUAGUUCUCUAACCAAACCGAACUGUUUAGUUUCUUGAUACACUGUUUAUAGUUUUAAAUGCCUUGUAGCUGGCAAUAAGAGAGCAGAACUGCUACUGAAUUAAGUACAUUUUGUGGAAUUUUUCCUUGGCAGGUUUUUACUGGGGUGUGUGUGUCUGGUACUGCUGUGGGUUGGGGCCCAAUCCCCCAAGAGCUGUGCUUCAGCAUGCUCCACUGACAUGAGUCAGAGUUGCAUGAGAAGAAUAACUGAGGGGCCAUGCUGAUUGAGGAAUUGUUACUUUCCCACCUUUAAUUUUAACAGUGUUUAUUUUUCUCAAAGGUAAACUUUAUGAAGUGGCUGUAUAUUUAAUGAUACAAAGUAUAAAUAUAUUUAUAAAGACA